UUUUGCCAGCUGGACCCAGACAACACCGGUUUCAUCGCAGUGGAGAACUUCACCAGUCUGGUGGAGCACCAUGAGCUGCAGCUGGACCCCUCCAAACUGGACAUGCUGUUUGCCCUGGUGCAGAGCAACGAGGAUGGACAGGUGUGCUACCAGGAGCUCAUCGAGCUGAUGAGCAGCAAGCGCUCCAGCAGUUUCCGACGGGCCAUCGCCAAUGGCCGCCGCACACUGCAGCGGGAGAUCCUAUUGGACGAGACGGGCCUGGGCGUGUACAAGCGCUUUGUGCGCUACGUGGCCUAUGAGAUCCUGCCCUGCGAGACAGACCGGCGCUGGUACUUCCACCAGAACAGCUUGUGUCCCCCUCCUGUCUUCAUGGCCAUCAUUACCAUCAUCCAGAUCAUUGUGUUCAUGUGCUAUGGCAUCAUGCUGAAUAAGUGGGUACUGCAGACGUACCAGCCAGACUUCAUGAAGAGCUCCCUGGUGUACCACCCCAGACACCGCCUCCAGGUGUGGCGCUUCUUCAGCUACAUGUUCAUGCACGUUGGGUUGGAACAGCUGGGGUUCAACGCUCUCCUCCAGCUGAUGAUCGGCGUUCCCUUGGAGAUGGUCCAUGGCAUCCUACGCAUCAGUCUGCUCUACAUGGCUGGUGUAGUGGCAGGUUCCCUGACGGUGUCCAUCACAGACAUGCGUGCUCCAGUGGUGGGGGGCUCCGGGGGUGUCUACGCUCUGUGCUCGGCGCAUCUGGCCAACGUCGUCAUGAACUGGGCCGGUAUGCGGUGUCCAUACAAGCUCCUCCGCAUGAUUCUGGCACUGGUGUGCAUGAGUUCGGAGGUGGGCCGUGCCGUGUGGCUGCGCUUCUCCCCGCCCUUGCCCUCCUCGGGGCCCCAGCCCAGCUUCAUGGCCCACCUGGCGGGGGCGGUGGUGGGCAUCAGCAUGGGCCUGCUCAUCCUGCGCAGCUACGAGGAGAGCCUGCAGAAGCAGUGCUCCUGGUGGGUCAUCCUCUUCUCCUUCAUCACCUUCCUUCUCUUCGCCAUCUUCUGGAACAUCUUCGCCUACGAGCUGCUGGGGGUGCAGCUUCCACCCGCUCCCUGA